CUGGCUUGACUGAGCCUCAGAUUCAAGACGAGAGACCGAGCGGCAGGAGCACGAAAACCCCAGACCCUCACACACACACAUACAUAGAAACACACACACGAGUACAAAGACUUUCACAGACACGUGCAUGAACACGCACGCGCGCCCUCACGUACAGCAACAAACAACGGCAGUGUGCACUGUGUAACCACUACAGACAUCUGAAGUGGCCCGUCAGAGGGAGACGGACAUGCUGAGAGGGACAGUUGUCUGUGCUGUCCUGGCAGGACUGUGUGUCAUCGUCAGCCUGCGUCCAGCCUCCUGCCAGCUGAGCCAGGAGGACGCGGAGAGCAUCGUGGUGCUGCACAACAGAUACCGUGGACGGGUGGUACCAAGUGCUGCUAACAUGACUGAAGUGAAAUGGGAUGAGAAACUGAAGAUCAUAGCCGAGGGCUAUGCUGUGAAGUGUGUCUGGGAGCACAACCCAGAUCUAGAGGAAAUGGAGAUGGGUGAGAACCUGUUCGCGUCCAACGCACCCUUUAACACCAACAAGGCCAUGGAGAAGUGGUUCUUGGAGUACCUAGACUAUGACUACAACAACAACAGCUGCCUGGAGGACAAGAUGUGUGGACACUACACUCAGAUGGUGUGGGCGAAAUCUCAGUAUUUGGGCUGUGCUUUUCAUCGAUGUGACACCAUGGAGGGGCUUGCCUUGGAAAAAGUUAACUUCCUGGUCUGCAAUUAUUUCCCAGCAGGUAACUAUGUUGCUGAAAAACCCUACGAGGAAGGUGAAUGGUGUUCCAUGUGUCCAGAAACCCUGCCUCAAUGUGAUCAGAACCUCUGUGUGCCUUCAGAUGACGUUGAGGAGGAGACGAAAGACAGCUCUUCCCCAGGCCCUGAAUUGCCCUCCACACACACAGCCACAAACGACACAGAGCUGGAAUCAGCAUCCCAAUUCCCUCACCCAACCAUGACUGACACCAAGGAGACAGGAACUGAGCUUAUGGAUCGAGAGAAGGUAAAAGAGGAUCAGUGGAAUGGGGAGGGGCAAGCAACAGACCGGGAGACGGUGAGGACUAGUGAACAACCUCAGUCAAAUGUAGGAAGUGUAACUACAUCCCUGAUUGCUAUUAUCGGCCUGGUGGCUUUACUCAUGCUGGAGUUGUGAGGGAGUGUAUUAGGCAAUGGGACUACACACACACACAAACACAGAGAGAAAAUCUGCAGCUGAACUGGACAUUGCUGGAAGUUGAAUUGCAUUGUGAUGUAACUAUGUUUAUAGCAUAGUUUGUAUUAAAUAAACCAAAGUAUUACAUUUGAUGGUAUUUUGCUUUUAAGUGCAAGUAAUGACAUUUGCUAGUUUAAAAUAUGCAUUCUUAGCAAUAACAAUAAGCACAGAACAGUUAACAAUGUAAUUUGACAGUUGUAUAAUAAGAGUUACAACCUGUGACCAAUCUACUGUAACAGCAAAAAUUUCUAAAACCAAGGCACACCCUCUAUAAAAAUUAAAGUGAUUAAUAAGCCUGAAGGAACAAA